AUGCUCUGUAUUGCGGUCACGAUAGGUGCGGGCUGGCUAAUAUUGAGGCCAUCGUCGACGCGAGCAUUACCGCCGCUCCCUCUGCAACCCCUUCCGUUCAUAGGCAACCUCCAUCAACUACGCGGUAACAACGGGGUUAAAGAGUCUUUGGCCUGGCAUCAAAGAUGCGGCCCCCUGCUUACCUUGAAGCCCGGGCGUCGUACAGUCAUUCUGAUCGGAGACCGAGAUAUCGCGAACGCCCUCCUCAGCAAGCGAGGCCGCAUCUACAGCUCCCGCCCGCAUCUGACGAUGGCCCUGGACGUGAUGUCGAAAGGGGACCACACGGUAUUCCUCCCGUAUGGGCCCAAAUGGAAGGCGCACAGUCGCCUCCACGUGGCAUUUAUCGGACACCGAGUCGUCAAGCAUUAUCGUAGAAUCCAGGAGCUGGAAAGCCUCAAAAUGCUGCAAGAGCUGCUCGCCGGAGUGGACGCCGUGGAGGCCUUCCCACGCUUCCAGACCAGUCUGAUCAAUACGCUCGCCUUCGGCGCUCCAGUCACGACAAUGCGAUCGACGCAGAUGCGGGAGGUCCAGGAGCUCUCCAAGGCGUUCAUCGAUGCCAGCGCCACGGGGUCGUGGUGGGUCGACUCCUUCCCUGCUCUCCGGUGCUUGCCCUCGUGGCUGGCGCCCUGGAAGCGGUUCGGCGAGCAGAUCCAUGCGAAAUUCGUCCGAAUCACUGGGACCAGCAUUGCCGCCGCUCGGAAUACCCAGUCGUGGAACUGGGUGAAGUAUACGGACCGGCUCAAGGGAAUCGGCCCGAUCACCGACCACGAAUUGUGUUUUGUGUUCGGCAGUCUCUACCAGGCUGGCGUGGACAUCGUCACGCUCUACCUGCAGAGUUUCCUGGUCGCCUGGAUUACUCACCCGGGGCCUGUCCUCAUCGCGCAGAGAGAGCUCGACCGAGUCGUUGGGCCAGCUCGACUCCCGAGCUUCAGUGACGUGGCUAAGCUGACGUAUUGCGAGGCCUUUGUCAAAGAGGUGUUGCGGUGGCGUCCACUGGCAAGUUGGGCGAUGCCGCAUUGUCUAACGGAGGAGGAUACAUUCAUGGGCUACCGCUUCCCCAAGGGCACGAUGUUCAUCGCCAACCAAUACGCCAUGGACAUGGAUCGUGAGACGUGGGAGGAUCCGGAGUGCUUUCGCCCGGAACGCUGGCUGAAUCAUCCGUCGCGUAACCCAGCGUCAUUCGGGUUUGGACGUCGCAUGUGCCCAGGUAGCCAUCUCGUGAUGGAAUCCCUGUCGAUUAUCAUCCCGCGGAUGCUCUGGGCUCUCACCAUGAAAGGACAUGCUCGUGGAGAGAGAGGGGAAGAGGUUGAUUCAAACCUGUGCAAUUUCCGGCAAGAGGGCCCGGUUCUCAUCCCGCCGUCUUUCGAGCCUGAAAUCUGGAUUAGAGAUGAGCACCGCCAGAGAGUUUUAGACUUGACUAUGGAAGCUACGGAGAAAGAUGUCGACGUCUUACUCCGGCGAAUCGGUAAGGAGUUCAACCCAUAG